AUGAGUGUGCUGCAGAAGAUCAAGGAUAUCGAAGAUGAGAUGGCCAAGACCCAGAAGAACAAGGCCACGGCGGGGCACCUGGGCAUGCUGAAGGCCAAGCUCGCCAAGCUUCGACGAGAGCUGCUGGAGCCUUCAAGUGGUGCUGGCGGCGGCGGCAAGGGCGAUGGCUUUGAUGUGAACAAGGUUGGGGACGCAAGAGUGGGCCUGGUGGGGUUCCCAUCAGUGGGCAAGUCCACGCUGUUGAACAAGCUUACAGGCACAUUCUCGGAGGUGGCUUCCUAUGAGUUCACCACGCUGACCUGUGUGCCCGGGGUGAUAAGGUAUCGUGGGGCCAAGAUCCAGCUGCUGGAUCUGCCAGGGAUCAUUGAGGGGGCCAAGGAUGGCAAGGGACGUGGCAGGCAGGUCAUCGCCACGGCCCGCACCUGCAACCUCAUCCUGAUCGUGCUAGACUGCCUGAAGCCCAUCACUCAUAAGAAGCUCAUCGAGCACGAACUAGAAGGCUUUGGGCUGCGCCUGAACAAAAAGCCGCCGGAGAUUACCUUCAAGAAGAAGGACAAGGGUGGCAUUGCCUUCACAUCGACCCUCGCCAACCCAACUCUUGAUCUUGACGCUGUCAAGGCGGUGCUGGCAGAGUACCGCAUCCACAACGCCGACGUCCACCUCAAGGGCGACUACGACGUGGAUGACCUAGUGGAUGUGAUCGAGGGCAACCGAAUAUACGUGCCCUGCAUUUACGUCAUCAACAAGAUCGAUCAGAUCACCCUGGAGGAGCUCAAUGUCCUGGAUCGACUGCCCCACUACUGCCCGGUGUGCGCCUACCACGAGUGGAAUCUGGACGGCCUGGUUGAGAUGAUCUGGGAGUACCUGGACCUCCUCCGAAUCUACACCAAGCCCAAGGGCAAGCUUCCGGACUACAACGACCCCGUCAUUCUCCCAGCGGCGCACAGUAGCGUGGAACACUUCUGCAACCGCCUGCACAAGGCCAUCAUCAAGCAGUUCAAGUAUUCCCUGGUCUGGGGCUCCAGCGUCAAGCACCGGCCGCAGAAGGUGGGGAAGGAGCACAUUCUGCAGGACGAGGACAUUGUCCAGAUUGUGAAACGCGUGUAA